UUUAUCUCUGUCAAGUAGUGCCGCGCUGCAUGUGCAGACGUUACCCAAAGGGGGCAAACGAGUUCGACAAGAUCUACAUCACAGAAGAAUUAGAGAAGCACAAGCCCUACAAUGAAGACGGUGGUCGCAGCUUGCUGCGUGGUGCUGCUGUCGCUUCUGGCGCACGUCAAAGGACAACCACAGGGUACUACGCAGGAAGGUGACAAGCUCGUAUUUUGUUACUGGCAGUCGUUGUCUCGCGAGCGACCGUAUCCCUACAACACUUCCAUCGAGGACAUCCCGGUACACCUCUGCACUCACCUGAUCUACUCUCACGCCACUGCUAGCGAAGAUGGCACCCGAAUAGAAACCAUAUACCCGGGAUUCGUUAAAAAACCAGGUGUCUACAGAAAUUUCACGAUGCUCAAGACCAAGAACCCAAGCCUGAAAGUGCUCCUGAGCAUUGGCAGCUGGAUGUCGCCGAAUUCUUCCAGAUGGGAAAUGCUGGAGCACGCCUCCAGCCGAAACGCCUUCGUACGGGUUCUCACAACAUUCGUCACAAAGUACAAAUUCGAUGGUGUCGACCUGGACUGGUUCCCUACGGACGCUGCCAGUCAAACUUUCGGAAAAGAGUUCGUCCGGCUGGCUUGGGAAAUUCGAAGAGCAUUCAAGAAGCUACGAAUGAACGCCCUCCUGACAUGUGCCCUGCCGCCGCCGAGCAAGGUGUCGCCGGCUGGAAACAAUUUCCUUCUUCUUGCAAGCAUCGUAGAUUACUUCCACCUGAAAACGUACGACACGUCCUGUAACUGGAAACAAGGCGAAAUCACCAACGACACAGCGCUUCAUUCCGAGAAUGCGACGGACGUCUUCAACAUGAUCACGCAGCUUGGUGCCCCGAAAGAGAAGGUUCUCGUGGGGAUUGGUUUCAACGGUAGGAUCUACAACAUUACCAGUAACGUGACAGACGUCACAUCCGGUGAAAUAGUUCCCUAUUUCGAGGUUGCUAGGAGGCUUCGAAGUGGAACGUGGAGACAGAGAGGAAAGAGUGACGGAACCUGUUCGUACAUCACCGACGGGAACCAGCUGAUCGCCUACGAGGACGAAUGGAGCAUACAGCACAAGAUAAGACAUGUGAAGAAAGAUGGUUUCGCUGGGGCGUCCAUCUGGGCUGUCGAUAUGGACGAUAUCAAUGGAGAUAUAAGAGACUACCACCUUCUCAGGACGGUUCGGGAACAGCUGUCCAAAAACAGCGUUCCUCUGAAAUCCUCUGCAGAACUUCUGCCUUGGACAUUUACGCCCACAGAAGCCAGUGUCCAACACACUCCUCGAGGACAGACGGGAAGGACUGUUGCGACCAACGCUACACAAACACCUGAAGUAUUCCCAUCUGAAGGCAGCACCACAGGAUGGAGCCCGGCGUACAGUGAACGUGUGACCAGUGGUGAAGGUCGACACACGUCGAGUGACUACGCAGCGACAUCAAGAAGUCGGCCUCGGGAAGUCCACGGCACCACACCAUACCCACGACGGAGCUCAGCGUACCCUGAACGUGUGACCACUGAUGAAGGUCAACACACGUCGAAUGACUACGCAGCGACAUCAAGAAGUCGGCCUCGGAAAGUCCACGGCACCACACCAUACCCACGACGGAGCUCAGCGUACCCUGAACGUGUGACCACUGAUGAAGGUCAACACACGUCGAAAGCGACAUCAAGAAGUCGGCCUCGGAAAGUCCACGGCACCACACCAUACCCACGACGGAGCUCAGCGUACCCUGAACGUGUGACCACUGAUGAAGGUCAACACACGUCGAAUGACUACGCAGCGACAUCAAGAAGUCGGCCUCGGGAAGUCCACGGCACCACACCAUACCCACGACGGAGCUCAGCGUACCCUGAACGUGUGACCACUGAUGAAGGUCAACACACGUCGAAAGCGACAUCAAGAAGUCGGCCUCGGGAAGUCCACGGCACCACACCAUACCCACGACGGAGCUCAGCGUACCCUGAACGUGUGACCACUGAUGAAGGUCAACACACGUCGAAUGACUACGCAGCGACAUCAAGAAGUCGGCCUCGGGAAGUCCACGGCACCACACCAUACCCACGACGGAGCUCAGCGUACCCUGAACGUGUGACCACUGAUGAAGGUCAACACACGUCGAAUGACUACGCAGCGACAUCAAGAAGUCGGCCUCGGAAAGUCCACGGCACCACACCAUACCCACGACGGAGCUCAGCGUACCCUGAACGUGUGACCACUGAUGAAGGUCAACACACGUCGAAUGACUACGCAGCGACAACAAGAAGUCGGCCUCGGAAAGUCCACGGCACCACACCAUACCCACGACGGAGCUCAACGUACCCUGAACGUGUGACCACUGAUGAAGGUCAACACACGUCGAAAGCGACAUCAAGAAGUCGGCCUCAGAAAGUCCACGGCACCACACCAUACCCACGACGGAGCUCAGCGUACCCUGAACGUGUGACCACUGAUGAAGGUCAACACACGUCGAAUGACUACGCAGCGACAUCAAGAAGUCGGCCUCGGGAAGUCCACGGCACCACACCAUACCCACGACGGAGCUCAGCGUACCCUGAACGUGUGACCACUGAUGAAGGUCAACACACGUCGAAUGACUACGCAGCGACAUCAAGAAGUCGGCCUCGGGAAGUCCACGGCACCACACCAUACCCACGACGGAGCUCAGCGUACCCUGAACGUGUGACCACUGAUGAAGGUCAACACACGUCGAAUGACUACGCAGCGACAUCAAGAAGUCGGCCUCGGGAAGUCCACGGCACCACACCAUACCCACGACGGAGCUCAGCGUACCCUGAACGUGUGACCACUGAUGAAGGUCAACACACGUCGAAUGACUACGCAGCGACAUCAAGAAGUCGGCCUCGGAAGGUCCACGGCACCACACCAUACCCACGACGGAGCUCAGCGUACCCUGAACGUGUGACCACUGAUGAAGGUCAACACACGUCGAAUGACUACGCAGCGACAUCAAGAAGUCGGCCUCGGAAAGUCCACGGCACCACACCAUACCCACGACGGAGCUCAGCGUACCCUGAACGUGUGACCACUGAUGAAGGUCAACACACGUCGAAUGACUACGCAGCGACAUCAAGAAGUCGGCCUCGGGAAGUCCACGGCACCACAUCAUACCCACGACGGAGCUCAGCGUACCCUGAACGUGUGACCACUGAUGAAGGUCAACACACGUCGAAUGACUACGCAGCGACAUCAAGAAGUCGGCCUCGGGAAGUCCACGGCACCACACCAUACCCACGACGGAGCUCAGCGUACCCUGAACGUGUGACCACUGAUGAAGGUCAACACACGUCGAAUGACUACGCAGCGACAUCAAGAAGUCGGCCUCGGAAAGUCCACGGCACCACACCAUACCCACGACGGAGCUCAGCGUACCCUGAACGUGUGACCACUGAUGAAGGUCAACACACGUCGAAUGACUACGCAGCGACAUCAAGAAGUCGGCCUCGGAAAGUCCACGGCACCACACCAUACCCACGACGGAGCUCAGCGUACCCUGAACGUGUGACCACUGAUGAAGGUCAACACACGUCGAAUGACUACGCAGCGACAUCAAGAAGUCGGCCUCGGAAAGUCCACGGCACCACACCAUACCCACGACGGAGCUCAGCGUACCCUGAACGUGUGACCACUGAUGAAGGUCAACACACGUCGAAUGACUACGCAGCGACAUCAAGAAGUCGGCCUCGGGAAGUCCACGGCACCACACCAUACCCACGACGGAGCUCAGCGUACCCUGAACGUGUGACCACUGAUGAAGGUCAACACACGUCGAAUGACUACGCAGCGACAUCAAGAAGUCGGCCUCGGAAAGUCCACGGCACCACACCAUACCCACGACGGAGCUCAGCGUACCCUGAACGUGUGACCACUGAUGAAGGUCAACACACGUCGAAUGACUACGCAGCGACAUCAAGAAGUCGGCCUCGGGAAGUCCACGGCACCACACCAUACCCACGACGGAGCUCAGCGUACCCUGAACGUGUGACCACUGAUGAAGGUCAACACACGUCGAAUGACUACGCAGCGACAUCAAGAAGUCGGCCUCGGAAAGUCCACGGCACCACACCAUACCCACGACGGAGCUCAGCGUACCCUGAACGUGUGACCACUGAUGAAGGUCAACACACGUCGAAUGACUACGCAGCGACAUCGACAAGUUGGUCUAGGGAAGUCCAUGGCACCACACCAUAUCCAGGAUGGAGCCCAGCGUACCCUGAACGUGUGAGCAGUGAUGAAAGUAAAAAACCGUGGGGGUCUCCGGGUUCUACUGCUCCACCAGGAUGGGGUAGGACAUACCCCAGACAUGUCACCCCAGAUGUGAGUGAGGAGUGGAGCGUCGACUACACGAAGUCGUUGGUUACUUGGCCUUGGAAAAUUCCCACCAGUAGUCAGUCUCCAGAAUCGAUUAUCAACCAUCUAAAAGCAUCUUCAGUUUACGUAUCAGAGAGUAACGCUUGUAAAAACAAGACAGAAGAGCUGGCGCCUCAUGAAGACGACUGUCGCAAAUAUUACUACUGCUACUAUGGUAUGGCAUUUCGCCAUGACUGUCCCGAUGAUAGCCCUCAGAAGUACGUGCCCUCUGUCUGUUGCCCAAAAGUUACCCAUUUCUGGACAACGGCACAACCUGCAUACGACACAAGUUCAAGUACCGAAGAUCCAACUUAUACCGGCGAAGCAUUCGACGUGACAGGGACUAGAAUGACUCCGAUAGUGCAGUGGUUCGCGUCUCACAAUUCAAGUGCGACCGCGGCGGACGUGACAGGACCAGAUCCAUCGGUCUCGGGCCUCAAAGGAUGCGAGACAGGGCUUCGAUACGCUCCACACGAAAACGAUACCAACAAGUUCUACACUUGCAUGCGAGGUUAUCCAAUGCUGAGUCAAUGCACGCUAGGAUCUGUGUUCGAUCCGCGCCUUGAAGUUUGUAAUACGGAAGAACUUGUGAAAGGGGCGAAGUGCGACCGCUGUCAGCAGGUGUUCACAGGGAACGUUGUAGGUCAACUGUUUCCGCAAAUUCCGCAAAGGAAAGGGAAGUUGUCCGUGAAAAUGAAUUAUGAGAUGGAUUGGCAGACUGUAGCAGCACUAGUGCCAUCGGAUGGUGGCAGUCCAUUCGCCUCACAAAUUGAUAACUCUUCCUACGUCAAAGCCAAGGCCUGCCGAAGGAUGCUGGAAUCGAAACUUAUUCAAUUAGUCGUGCUCUCAAUUUUCGCCGUUGUAAGCGUUCAAGGACAGGGAGGCCAUAGCUUUGCAGCCGGUCAACAUAAAAAGAAGGCUGUUGUCUGCUACUGGAAUUCGCAGUCGUGGAGGCGUCCUGCCCCGUUUACUUACAGCGUAGAGGAUAUUCCAGCAGACCAGUGCAGCCAUCUCGUGUACUCUUCUGCUACCAUUGACUCCCACACGUACAAUGUGACAUUUGACGGCACUACAUUUGAUGCCAAUCACGCUAACUUUGACAGCGUGGCAACCCUGAAGAGGAAGAACCCUAGCCUGGUACUCCUGCUGCGUGUCGGCCGCUGCCACGAUGGCAACGACAACGUCUUCUCAGCAAUGGCUAAUUCGAGCGAAGGCCGCGGUUCCUUUGCCAAGAGCGCCUUUGCUUGGAUGGAGAGAUAUGGCUUCGACGGCAUUGCCCUUGGAUGGUGUAAGCCUGCCAGCAAGGACAGAGAAAACUUAGUUGCAGUCGUUAAGGAACUGCGGAAGGAGCUGAGUCAAGUGAACAGGAAGACAUAUAUCCUACUUGAGGUCCCAGUUGCCAAGGAACUGCUUCAGACAGGAUACAAUUUGACAGAGCUUGCAAGAUACGUAGACUACUUCCAUGCCAAAGCGUACUCCCUACGAGGAAGUUGGCUCAACUACACGGACGUCCACAGCCCUCUGCGGAAACGCCCCUUUGAGGACCAGGCUCUCGCCAACCUCAACGUGAAUGAAGGCGUAUAUCUCCUGGCCAAGUUGGGCACUCCCAGAGAGAAGAUCCUUCUGGGCAUUCCUUUCUACGGACAGUCCUACACGCUUGCUAAUGAAACUAAUCAUGGUCUGAAGGCUCCACUUCGCAAGGAUUCCCCGCUAGGACAGCCAGGGCAGUACACUAACCACUCCGGGAUCUUGGCUUACUUUGAGAUAUGCAAGGCACUCCUGGAACACAAUUUGACCAGGCAGUGGGACAGCAGGGCACUCUGCCCGUAUGCCUACAAUGGUGACCAAUGGGUGGGUUACGAGGACGAAAAGAGCAUUUACCACAAGGUACGGCUGAUUGAAACAAAACAUUACGGCGGAGUUGCCGUCUACACAAUAGACAUGGACGACAUCGUCGGCUUGUGCGGACGCAAGAACAACCUUCUCAAGGCUGUACAGGCCUACCUCAACCCUGUUAACGCUACGCUGAGUUCUGCAGUUCCAAGAGACCUCAACGUAACCACGAAUGUCCAUCUAGUGCUCUACAACGAAUCGUUACCGGACCCCGGGAACUCUACCACCAUUACAGAUGCAACACAUCUUCUAAGACACACGAACCAAAGUGCUACAGAUGUUAGAAGUUUUACGGUCGAUAACACCACUGACUUGCCAGCCUCGAAUAACAGCCGUGACAGGGCAGACUUGAGAAACGGAACAGAUAGUUUCGACGAUGCAAUGAACUCGGCAGUGUACAGUAACCAGACGGUCUGGGGCUUCGGGACCCCUCAGAACAACACUAUAGAGGCGUACCUCGACCCUGAUAACGAUACGCAGAGUUCUGCAGUUCCAAGAGACCUCAACGUAACGACGAACGUCCCUCUAGUGCUCUACAACGAAUCGUUACCGGACCUCGGGAACUCUACCACCAUUACAGAUGCAACACAUCUUCUAAGACACACGAACCAAAGUGCUACAGAUGUUAGAAGUUUUACGGUCGAUAACACCACUGACUUGCCAGCCUCGAAUAACAGCCGUGACAGGGCAGACUUGAGAAACGGAACAGAUAGUUUCGACGAUGCAAUGAACUCGGCAGUGUACAGUAACCAGACGGUCUGGGGCUUCGGGACCCCUCAGAACAACACUAUAGAGGCGUACCUCGACCCUGAUAACGAUACGCAGAGUUCUGCAGUUCCAAGAGACCUCAACGUAACGACGAACGUCCAUCUAGUGCUCUACAACGAAUCGUUACCGGACCUCGGGAACUCUACCACCAUUACAGAUGCAACACAUCUUCUAAGACACACGAACCAAAGUGCUACAGAUGUUAGAAGUUUUACGGUCGAUAACACCACUGACUUGCCAGCCUCGAAUAACAGCCGUGACAGGGCAGACUUGAGAAACGGAACAGAUAGUUUCGACGAUGCAAUGAACUCGGCAGUGUACAGUAACCAGACGGCCUGGGGCUUCGGGACCCCUCAGAACAACACUAUAGAGGCGUACCUCGACCCUGAUAACGAUACGCAGAGUUCUGCAGUUCCAAGAGACCUCAACGUAACGACGAACGUCCCUCUAGUGCUCUACAACGAAUCGUUACCGGACCUCCUGAACUCUACCACCAUUACAGAUGCAACACAUCUUCUAAGACACACGAACCAAAGUGCUACAGAUGUUAGAAGUUUUACGGUCGAUAACACCACUGACUUGCCAGCCUCGAAUAACAGCCGUGACAGGGCAGACUUGAGAAACGGAACAGACAGUUUCGACGAUGCAAUGAACUCGGCAGUGUACAGUAACCAGACGGUCUGGGGCUUCGGGACCCCUCAGAACAACACUAUAGAGGCGUACCUCGACCCUGAUAACGAUACGCAGAGUUCUGCAGUUCCAAGAGACCUCAACGUAACGACGAACGUCCCUCUAGUGCUCUACAACGAAUCGUUACCGGACCUCGGGAACUCUACCACCAUUACAGAUGCAACACAUCUUCUAAGACACACGAACCAAAGUGCUACAGAUGUUAGAAGUUUUACGGUCGAUAACACCACUGACUUGCCAGCCUCGAAUAACAGCCGUGACAGGGCAGACUUGAGAAACGGAACAGAUAGUUUCGACGAUGCAAUGAACUCGGCAGUGUACAGUAACCAGACGGUCUGGGGCUUCGGGACCCCUCAGAACAACACUAUAGAGGCGUACCUCGACCCUGAUAACGAUACGCAGAGUUCUGCAGUUCCAAGAGACCUCAACGUAACGACGAACGUCCCUCUAGUGCUCUACAACGAAUCGUUACCGGACCUCGGGAACUCUACCACUAUUACAGAUGCAACACAUCUUCUAAGACACACGAACCAAAGUGCUACAGAUGUUAGAAGUUUUACGGUCGAUAACACCACUGACUUGCCAGCCUCGAAUAACAGCCGUGACAGGGCAGACUUGAGAAACGGAACAGAUAGUUUCGACGAUGCAAUGAACUCGGCAGUGUACAGUAACCAGACGGUCUGGGGCUUCGGGACCCCUCAGAACAACACUAUAGAGGCGUACCUCGACCCUGAUAACGAUACGCAGAGUUCUGCAGUUCCAAGAGACCUCAACGUAACGACGAACGUCCCUCUAGUGCUCUACAACGAAUCGUUACCGGACCUCGGGAACUCUACCACCAUUACAGAUGCAACACAUCUUCUAAGACACACGAACCAAAGUGCUACAGAUGUUAGAAGUUUUACGGUCGAUAACACCACUGACUUGCCAGCCUCGAAUAACAGCCGUGACAGGGCAGACUUGAGAAACGGAACAGAUAGUUUCGACGAUGCAAUGAACUCGGCGGUGUACCGUAACCCGACGGCCCGGGGCUUCAGGACACCUCUGAAGGUUUCCAACUCAACUGUGAAGUUUCCCGCUAAGUUUCCUCCAAACAGCACGUUACACUUGAAGAAUGUGACGGCGCUUUUUAACCGAUCACGAAUUCACAAAGCACCCACCUUCCGUGGAGAAAAGUGCAUCAAUGGCUUGUGCAUCACCGCUGGAAGUAACGUUCCUGCACUUUCGGCGUUUCUUGGUCUGUUCGUCGUGACUUUGUUCGCUUAUUUGUGAUACAUUCCAAAGUUCGCACGAGAAAUGACGCAGAAUUGAUAUAAAGAUACUGUAUAGAACUAACAAUUCAAAGGGUUGUGAAGCUUUCAGAUAUGUGGUCCGUUAGGUUGUGCGUGCAUUGCACUGUACGCCAGAGUAGUGAGGAAAACACGCAUUUUUCCGCGUCUCGUAGUUGACGAAAUAGAAAUCCUUGAAGAAGCUUCGGCGUUCAGCUAUGACGUCAGAGGAGCUAGAGACCUCGGGCAUUCCCAUUGGUUCCUAUAAGCACGUGGCCACUCCCACAGCCCUUUCGUUGGCAGAGAUGGCUGAUGUGACUGCCGGGUCAGUUAUCAGUGAUGCAAAUUAUUACAAAGAAAACUAUUAAAUUAAAUUAAAUUAAAUUAAAACACUAUUAAAUUAAAUUAAAUUAAAUUAAAACACUAUUAAAUUAAAACUAUUACGAUGCAAACUAAAAUAUUAAACUACUAUGCAAAUUAAACUAUUACAUGUUUAGAUGUACAUCUCGGAAUACAAGCAAACAUCAAGGCUAAUAUAAGUCGUUUAUAUCUCUCCGCGCAAAACUUGGGGCGAAGCGUCACACCACCUUCGGAGGACCACAUUUCUUCACCAUGACCAUCCCUUAAAUAAGCGGUUCAGGUACCUGUACGUUGCCAAACGUUGUCGCCAGGUGUAAACUUCUUCCUGUUAUGAAAAAUUGCACAUAAUUUUUUAAAUAAAUAAAAUAACCAACCACCUAG